AGCACUCGGCGUGCGCUUACGCGUCCUCAGUCAGUCUAUAUCAACAAGAACGUCAAGACGUUACACGGCCUGCUGCUCGCUUCCAGUCACUGUGGUCUGUGCGCGUGCUUCUGUGUAUUUGUGGCCAGAUACUUUAUAUACUCAUCUUACGUGCCGGGGAAAAUAGGUUUUCCCACACGGCUCGUGACGUUUCACCGACGUUGCGCCAAAUCAGCCGAAGCGUGUGUGUCGUGUUGCGACUCUCUACACAACUUUGCUCUGGUAUGUGCCUGUGCAGAUCGAAUGAACGCGACGAUAUUAUGCCGAGGAAAAAGUGACGCGCGUCAAGCCAUUAGGGAGCUCUUCUCUCUUUCUCUCUCUCGCUCGCUCUCUUUUAUACCUCCCGGGAAAGAACGCCAGAGAGGGAAGCGUCUAUAGCGUUGCCUACCCACGCUAUUGGGGAAAAAUCAGCAUUUUGACCCUUGUUUGAAGUUUCUAGCAACGCGUCCUGUGUAGACAUUUUUGUGGAUUUUCGAAGCUACGUACGUCGUCUGCCACCGCGCGUCCUUCGCUUGCGUUCCUGCAAGUGAAACAUUUUGAAAGUGUUUUAUUCACCACUAAUAUCGCCAUGUGGGAACAAGCAGCCCAAAAUCUACCUGACACUGGAAGAGCAAUGGAUAAAGACAAACAACAAGUUGAUUUCAACAUAGAUUCUGGAUUUUUAUCAGGUAGCAACUUGAUUAGUUCAGAAUUGAGUAUUGAUUUGGAGAAUGAAGAGCAAAGAAAUGAAGAACUUAAGGUGGCUCCUGAACCCAAAAACGCUAGUGAAAGUGGAUUAGAUUUUGGUCUUACUGAUAGUUUAUACCAGUUAUCUCUGAAAGAAGGUACCACGGACAGCAGGAGUAUCCACCCUGAUACUAAAGAUAUUGAAGAAAGUCUGAGUAAUGAAAUUACCGAUGAUCAGUGGGAUGUUUAUUAUGCCCAGAAUGAUGAUGGUGACACGCAAUUACAUAUUGCAGUAAUUCAGGAACUAUUAGAAGCAACAUUUUUCUUAAUCAAUCUUGCACCUCAUCCUUGUUUACUUAAUAUCUUGAAUGAUGAUUGUCAAACAGCAUUACAUCUCGCAGUUUUAACACAUCAACCAAGGGUUGUGAGGCAAUUAAUUUUGGCUGGAGCAGACCCUGAUAUGAGAGAUUUUGGUGGGAAUACAGCUCUUCAUCUCGCGUGCGCUUCUGGAGAUUUAAAUUGUGCAAAAGCUUUGAGCGAUCCACUCACACCAAUUGAAAAACAAUUGUUAGGAACAGAAGGACAAUUACAAAUUUUGCCACAGGACUUGGAACUGCGUAAUUAUACUGGCGAGAAUUGUAUCCAUGUAGCUGUCUUGAAAGGCCACAUCGAGCUGGUUCGCCACUUAGCGGAAUUGGGCGUCAAUUUGGAAGCUCGCGAGGGCCUAGCUGGCAACACACCAUUACAUAUCGCCAUUGAGAAUAAACAACUGGAGAUAGUGAUGGUGCUGUUGCGCGAAUUCUCGAUCAACCUCGACGUUUGCAACUAUGGAGGCGAAUCGGCUCAUCUUUUCGCCCUUCGAUACAACGAGCCUCAAAUCGCCCAGGAGCUUGUCAUGCGCGGUGCAACACCCGCUCAACUUGAUGAUGACUCGGAAUCCGACUCGGAAUCCGAUGACGAAGAACAUGAUAGCGAGGCGUAUAUCAGGGCUCUUGCUCGGCUUGGAAUAGUUUCCAAAUCGGCCGUAGCUGCGAUAUAAAUUUCAAUUAUCGCGAUAUAUCGAUUCCGUUAAUCUGCUCGUAUGAUGGAUAUAUAAGUUUUUAGCGAGACUGGUAGUUCUGAUUUUAUUGAUUGGAGUUAUUUUUAAAUGUUGAAUAAUUAAUUAUUGCGUGAGUACAUAAUUUGGUUAGUGUGGAAUUUUUAUUGAUUGUUUGGAUCAAUUGAUGUUUUCUUAUAAGCUUUCAAUUAUAAACUGUUUGUUUAGACUAAUUAAAUUCAAUUUCUAUUAAUCGGGAAAGCUAUUUCUUUUGUGUUCUAGUGAGUUAUAUUGUUGAAAUUACGUUUUUUCAUCAUAUUAUUAAUUAAUCAAACAUUGGACUAUUAGACAAAAAUUAAAUGAUUGAAAGAAUUUCUGUAAUGAAAAUUUUGAAAAUUUCAUAACGAAUUUUGGAUUUUAUACAGAACUUAUUAAAACAUGUGAUAAACAUAAAUUUCAACUGUACAUACAUCAAUAAAUAUUAAUGUCAAUGGAAUUUUAUUAGAUGUAAAUAUACAUUUUGAAUGAAAAGUCGUAUUAUAGGAAAUCAAAAAUCACAUAGUCUAUGUAUUUAAUUUUCACAAAAUUAGCUUCGUUCACUAUGCUGCAAUAUCACAUUCACAUAAAUUUUAAGCACAGGGUAAUCCUAUGUAUAUGAUUGCUUGUUUCCAAGAAAGAAAACUAAGGUAUCUAUUUGGUUAUGCCUAAUGUGAUAAUACCUAAUGCCUAACUAAUAAUAGGUAUUUUCAAUCUUUGUUAAAGAAAUGACUGAGCUUAAAAUAUUUGUCAUAGUUCAAUGAUAUCCAUUACAAUUCGUUUAAAUCAUCCAUAUAUUAUUUUUUACAUUAUCUGAACAUUAUUUCAGACUCCGUUCGUGAAUUAGAAUAUCCAAACAUUUAUCGUGUGCGUUAUUAUUUUGUAAAUAAGAAAAUAAAAUUUAUUAGGUAUUCAUACUAAAUUAAAGACCAUUUGUACCUGUACUUAUAUUAUAAACUCUAACUUAAUUUAGCAAUCAUGAAUGGAAUCUCAAUUGUUUUUUUAACGAUUGAAAUUGGAAAAACAAGGAUAAAUAUUUCUACUAAAAUGAAAACUGCAUAUAUUUAUAAGGCGUGGAUAAUUGUUUAUGGUUUUAUUAUACAAUUGUGUACAGUAAUAUGGCGUGUUAUAGUGACAGAUCAGCAUCUUCACUAUCAAUUGACGUUUCUUCAAUUCGAUUUCGAAAAACGCAUUUGCACUGUGAGUUUAUGUAAACACAGUCGUGGAUGAUAUGCAGGUAUAGAACAUGCUUCGCGAAGAUGACAAUUGCUCUUUAUAGUAAUGAUAUCUAAUGCUUUGCUAAAAAAAUUUUCGGUGAAAAUUUAUUAGUAUUUCCUUAAUAUUGUGCAAUAUCUUUCUUCGCAAGCACGUUUUAGAAAUAGAUCUAUGCCACUAGUUCCCAAGUGCUUUUCUUGUUUCCAAAUCGUAAAUUUUUUCAUUAUGUGCGCAUAUAGGCGCGUUUGUUCGAGAAAUUGUAAUGUCAGGUCGUUCUCUAAUUUCUCCACUAUCUGUAAAUGUUUCCCAAAUAUUAAAGAAUAAAUCCAUACUUUUCCGAAAAAGCUGAUCAAAGGUAGCUCAUUCAACAGCGACAAUUUUUCGUCCGGUAACAUUUCUUCGAAUAUCUUGUACUACAAACCCUCGGGCACUAUCUGCAGCUCCAAUGGUUCUAAUAUAUUUGAUAAUUGCACCUCGUUCUCGAAUAUCUGUUGCGUUUCUGCCAAUUCUUUGCGUUAUUACACGUAGAUUUCAUUCUGUGCCUGAUCGAAUUCCAUUUUUCAAAAAAAAUUUAAGCUGACGUUGUAUUUCCAAGAGACGUCGGUCGAAUAUUCGCUUUAGCAAAGCAUGGCCAACACCUUCAUAUCAUCCACGACUGUGCUUAUACUAAUUCAAAGUGCAGAUGUCAGUGUUUCAAAGAAUUCGGGGACAUCGAAGCGGAAAGGCAAGAAAGAAUAUGGAAAGAUGAAAUUGGAAAAAUGUCAAUCGAUAGUGCUGAAAAGCAGCAGCAAUAGGCGUGUAUUAUUUUUGAAGCUAUGUUAUUGCGCACAAUAAUUUGUGUAUGUAAUAAAAUUAUGUAUAAUUGUUCGUACACGCCAUAUUCAUAAACCCAUUUCAUAGGCAAAUAGAUUUUAUAAUAAAUGUGUAUAGUAAUUUUAUUUAUUCAAAAUUCAAAUCAAUUUUUUACUAAUCGUAUAAGAUUUACUUAGCAAAAUUGAAAAAUAAACAAAUCAUAAUAUAUUUGAAUUAAGGAUGAGACUAGAUUAUAAGAAUCGACGUGUCUUCCGUCGUUUUCUAAAAAGGAAAGCUCUCUCAAUCCAUUAACGAUAUCCGUGAGAACCAGAGUGUUCGAGAUUAUGUAAAUAUAUAUGGAGCAAGGACCUCGCUGGUGUUAUUAUAAGACUUGGAACACGGCGUCGGACUACGUGCUUUUGCCCUCCGACGUUCCAAGCAUUCGAAAGAAAAUUCAGUUUUUUUCCUUUUCUUUUGGGCCACUUGUCUAGACUUCAAUUAGAAGAAAAAGAUGCGCAAAUGUGAAUCGUCUUAUGAACGGCAAAUAGAUCCCCAACGGCCUUUACAAUCUAUUUGAAAAGAGCACACUUUUUACGCCGGACUAAAGAAUCGUGCGAAAAAGUAUUUAUGAAAUUAUAUGAUGAGUAUCAAAAGUAAAUUGCAUUUCUAAAAGACUUGAUUGUAUUGAAAAUUAUAUUAGUUAAUCUAUUGAGCUAUUUGUAAUAGUUUUGCUUUAAAAUAUUGUUUUAGUUACUCAAAUGAAUGAAUUAUUAAUCGACAUGUAUUAAUAUUAGAAAAACUUUUAUAAAGACACCUUAAUCAUAGAUAAUGUAUAAUCAAUCGAAUUUAUUAUUGUUGAUUUUAUUCUUUUGUUUCCGUACAAUUUGUUAAGAUUGGUUUAUGUUCAUGCCGUAUUUGGUAAAAUCAGUUUGCAAUGCUUCUUGUAAAUUAGCAGUGAUGUUAACAUUUUUGUAAAUGUCCGAGAAACGUAAGCGCCAACGAAUGUCCAACAACGAAAUUUCCGAGUACUCAUUUCCAAUCGCUCCAAGAAUUGAAAUACUAUAAUUAUUUUCAAAUUGACUAUAUGUUCAUCUUAGAAUAUUAAUAAUUUUAAUGAUUAAUAUUUUAUAAUGAAAAUGAAUUCACUUUGUCAAUGUAGUAGCAUUGUAUAAAAAUAAGUUAUGAAUUCUAAUUAGUGUACAGAUAAAUAAAUUGUAAGUGGAUGUAA